CAAAAUUGUACGUUUGUACUGGAGUUUUUGGAUGAAGAAUCCCCAUAAAAAACGUCAAACUCAAGCUCACCCACAAUCUCUACAAGCUUUCUUCCCACCUUUCCUGUCAUCUUCUUCAUCGUAGUACCCAAUAUUAUUAUCUCGUUCUGUCGUUUCUUUGUCUCUCUCCCUCGAAUUCUACGCUAUCCUUAAAAGGGGGUUUCCUCUGGGGUUUGACUUCUAUUCUCAUACAAAAAAAAAAAUCUCUUCAUUGCUUCUAUAUUUUAUUAUCUGAAACUGUUUGUGAGCUCAUGGUCAUGGCGUUAAUUGACGCAUUUUUUGAAAUUCUAAAGAAACCCACUUUUGGGGAAGUACUUUUAGAGCUGAUGAUGUUCAUGGGUCCAGUGUUGAUUGCUGUUCUUCUUGGAAUUAUGGUUGGAUGGGCUUGGAAACCCAGAUGGGCUAGCUUAGGGAAUUGCAAAUUCGAUUGUUCGACACCCUCCGCGCCGUCUGCUUUGCCAUUGUCCCCAGUGAAGGUUUUUGGUUCAACCCAUUCAAAUUGCAGUUCUUCACAGCUGAACAAUCAAGAGAGAGUUGUUGUCACGAAGGAGGAUUUAGAACAUCUAUGCCAUCUGGUGGAGAGGAAAGAUGGUGGUCCUGCUUGGAAACAUAUGAUGGACCGUUCAACAUCCAAUAUGAGCUACCAAGCAUGGCAAAGAGAUCCCGAGAAUGGUCCUCCUCAAUACUGCAUCAGAACUGUCUAUGAGGAUGCCACACCCGAAUUGUUAAGGGACUUCUUCUGGGAUGAUGCGUUCCGACUGAAGUGGGAUGACAUGCUAUUACGUGCUGCAACUGUAGAAGAAUGCCCCACCACAGGAACCAUGGUAGUGCAUUGGGUUCGGAAGUUUCCUUUUCUUUGUAGUGACAGGGAAUACAUCAUAGGUCGUCGAAUUUGGGAAUCAGGAAGAUCAUAUUACUGUGUGACAAAGGGUGUGCCCUGCCCUUCUAUUCCAAUACAAGACAAACCGAGACGCGUUGACUUGUACUAUUCAAGUUGGUCUAUUCAAGCAGUGGAAUCCAGAAAAGGGGAUGGCCAACUGACAGCGUGUGAGGUGACACUCUUCCAUCAUGAAGAUAUGGGCAUCCCAUGGGAAAUUGCAAAGUUUGGAGUGAGGCAGGGGAUGUGGGGAGCUGCCAAAAAUAUCGAGCGUGGCUUCCGUGCCUACCAGAAGGCAAGAGCAUCUGAUGUACCUCUCUCUCGGCCUGCAUUUAUGGCUCAGGUCAACACAAAAAUUGAUCCAAACUACCUGAAAUUCGUGGAAGAUGAUGAAGAUACAUCUGAGCCUGAAAUCAUUGGUUCCCCUGUUAAGCCAAUCGGCAUGAACAUACCUAAGCUCCUCGUUUUUGGUGGGGCUGUUGUUGUUGCUUGUAGUCUUGACCGGGGACUCUUGACUAAGGCACUUAUAUUCGGUGUUGCCAGAAGGUUUUCAAACAUAGGUAGAAGAGCGUGCCCAAGGACAUAAGGUCAUUCAUUUAUACAAUUUAGCCUUCUAUUUUUUCUUGUUCCUCUUCAUACCAGCUCAUAUGAGCUUUUGUCAUUCACAUCUCAUGAAAGAUGGGAGUUGUUAUUUUAUUUCUUAUUUUUGUGUUUAUAUUCGUUGUAUUUUCGAGUUUAAGCUUGCUACAGUUGGAUAUAAAAUAUGGC